AUGUUGUUCAGCACUCUGAAUGUUAGAAAAACUAGCAGAUUCAAAAAUGCUGUUUAUCAAAGUGGUAUAGGUUAUGCACAACUUUGUUGGAAAUUGGAAAGACAUAUUUAUCCAUUAUAUAAGCUACUUGAUGUACUUACACCAAAACAAAUUCGUUCUUUAUUGGCAAAGAGAACAGUGACAUUCAAUAAGUAUGACACUACCUAUGACCAGAAAUAUUACAAGAAUUUGGGAUUCAUAUUAAGUGGUAUUGGAUUGACUUUAUCUCUCUGCGAUGCAUCACAUCCAAAGCGAGAGAAACGAUACUUUAAGGCUGCCCAGUAUGGGAAUAUUCUUGAGUUAGAAAAGAGCCUUAAAGAAGGUGUUGAUGUGAAUACACGACAUCCAUUAGGAUGGACAGCUUUACAUGUUGCUGCUAUUAAUAAAAAACUAGAAGUCAUAAAGUAUUUAUUGAAGAAAGGUGUUGAUGUUAAUGCAGGGGAUGAAUUUGUUAAUGUCUAUAAAACUGCUAAAGACAAGGGAAUACAUUCUUUAGACGUACUAAUGAUAAGGGAAGAAGAGUUUUCUGAUCGCUUGAAUAGUAGAGCUACCUUCAAAGGAUUUACACCUUUACAUUAUGCUGUAUUAGCAGAUUCAAAGAGUUGUGUUCAAGCAUUAUUGGAUGGAGGAGCAGAUCCAACAAUAGAAAACGAGUCUGGUCAUCGUGCAGUGGAAUAUGCCAAAGAUGGAGAGCUGAAAGAAAUGCUCACAAAGCAUGCUACAAAAUAUGAUGAAAUAAUGAAGGAAAAAGAAAUAGAAGAACGUCGUAGAUUUCCAUUAGAACAACGUUUGAAACAACAUAUUGUUGGUCAAGAAGGGAGUCUAUCUGUUGUAGCAUCCACGAUUAGGAGAAAAGAAAAUGGUUGGAUCGACGAAGAACAUCCCUUGGUAUUUCUGUUCCUAGGUUCAUCAGGAAUUGGAAAAACUGAAUUGGCAAAACAGUUAGCUGCAUACAUUCAUAAAAAUAAGCAGGAAGGCUUUAUUAGAUUGGAUAUGUCCGAGUACCAGGAAAAACAUGAAGUUGCUAAGUUGAUUGGUGCACCACCAGGGUAUGUGGGCCAUGAUGAUGGUGGGCAAUUAACAAAACUUCUGAGAAAGUGCCCAAAUGCUGUUGUAUUAUUUGAUGAAGUUGAUAAAGCUCAUCCUGAUGUAUUGACAGUUCUGUUACAGCUGUUCGACGAGGGAAGGUUAACAGACGGCAAAGGAAAAACAAUCGAGUGUAAAAAUGCAACUUUUAUAAUGACAUCGAAUUUAGCGAGCGAAGUAAUUGCCGAGCACGCGUUACAACUUAGGGAAGAGGCCCGACGAGUUUUAAAUCGUAGACUGGAUAAAGAUUCCGAUGAGGAUCAAAGUUUAGGAAACAUUGAAAUAUCGCGUAAAUUUAAGGAUGCAGUGGUACGGCCUAUACUGAAAGCUCAUUUUCGAAGGGACGAAUUUCUGGGAAGAAUAAAUGAAAUUGUUUAUUUUCUACCAUUUUCUCGAUCGGAGCUUAUGAAGCUAGUGGCAAAAGAAUUGGAAGCGUGGGCGGUACGUGCGAAGGAAAGGCAUAUGAUAGACUUAAAAUGGGAUCGGGAGGUCCUAUCAAUUUUAGCAGACGGAUACGAUGUACAUUACGGUGCUCGAUCUAUUAAAUAUGAAGUUGAAAGAUGUGUUAUUAAUCAGCUGGCUGCUGCUUAUGAACGUGGUCAAUUGCAAAAAGGAUGCUGCGUGAUGCUCAAAGCCAAGUGGCACGAAAGCGGCGGAUCUAUAGUUUUAUCCGUCCGAUCAAAAGGUGUAAAAGACUUCGUUGAUAUAGUUGACACAGAUAACUUAAUCAGAAAUGUAAAUUCUACAUUUUAAUACAAUGGAGAAUUAUCCCAGAUGUAUAAUUUUGUUAAA